AUGAGGUAGCAAGAAAGCGAAAGCUUUAAAUAAGCUAAAGUGUCAAUAAACUCGGAUUAAAAUUUGUAGAAUUAGUAUGAGAACUUAGAGUAGGAGUAAGGAAUAAAAUAAAAACUGUUAUUGCAAGAGGAAUAACCACCUUAAUAGAUAGUUAUUUAAAAGGAUAUUUAAUAACCUGCUGCAGCUCCAAAAUAACGUUUGGAAUGCUUAGAUAUUUAUAGAGGCUUGACUAUGGUUGGCAUGAUUUUAGUUGAUAAUAUGGGAAAUUCAUCAGUUAUUUGGCCUUUAGAUGAAACAGAAUGGAAUGGAUUAAGUACUGCAGAUUGUGUUUUUCCUUCUUUUUUGUUUAUUAGUGGGAUGGCAAUUACUUUAGCUAUUAAGCAUAAUGGAAAUAAAAAGCAGUAAUUUUUUAGAAUUUUAGAGAGAUUUGUCAAGCUAUUUGUUAUUGGAGUGGCAUUAAAUGCUGCUUGUGCGAACUAUAAGCAACAAUUUAGAAUAAUGGGAGUAUUGCAAAGAAUAGCCAUUUGUUAUUUUGUUACCUCUACUUCUUACCUAUUUUUAUAAAAUUUUGCUGUUUAAUUUGUAUUAAAUGGAGUUUUUCUUUUGAUUUAUAUCUAUUUCAUGUAUUUCUUUGAUGUUCCUGAUGGAUGCGGUGCAAAUAAUGUUACUCCAACCUGCAAUUUUGGAAGAUACUUGGACAUGUAAAUUUUUACUCUGAAUUAUAUGAUGAAGCCCAGUGAUCCUGAAGGAUUAUUUACUACUUUAGGAGCAUUAGUUACUACUUUUAUAGGGUUGUGUUAUGGACUUGCAUUGUAAGAAUUCAAAUCAUAAAAGAAAAGAUUAAGCUGUAUCUGGUUUGUAAUGAGUCUUGUACUAGUUUUUAUAGGAGGCAUCUGCUGUUUUUUAACUCCGAUUAAUAAAAAAGUAUGGAGCCCUUCCUUUGUUUUUAUUGUUGGAAGUAUGAGUGGAGCCUUCUUAAAUUUGUGCUUCAUUGUAGUGGACAUAUAUAAUAACUUAAAAUUGAAUAAAGCUCUAGAAUUUUUAAAGUGGCUUGGCUUGAAUCCUCUCUUUGUGUUUGUAGCUAUGAUAUGGUUAGAAUUAAUUAUGCUGCUCAAUAUUCAUUUCUAUGUUGAUGGUACACGUUAUAGCCUUUGGAAUUUUAUUUCAGAGUACGUAUUCUUAGGUGCAUACAUAAACUCUUAUGUAGCUUCAUUGGCUGUUUCUAUAUUCCAUCUUUUACUUUGGAUAGGAAUAUCUUACUAUCUCUAUAAUAGAAAAGUAUUUAUCAAACUCUGA